UGUCAGGAGCUGCUCAAACACCACUUGUGAGGAGAGCAGAACCUCUCACGUAUCGGACAAACGGAAGUUGUGGCUUUGUAUUUUUUCUUUUGUUUUGUUUUGCCAGCCCCACCGUUAUGGCUGACCAUCUUUUACAUUAUAAUGACUCGGCUGGGGUCGGGAAUCGGUUCGCCCGCAAAGGUGCUUUGCGCCAGAAAAACGUGCACGAGGUAAAAAACCACAAAUUUAUUGCGAGGUUCUUUAAGCAGCCGACGUUCUGCAGCCAUUGUACGGACUUCAUAUGGGGAUUUGGGAAACAAGGAUUUCAAUGCCAAGUUUGCUGUUUCGUGGUUCACAAACGCUGCCAUGAGUUUGUCACCUUCUCCUGCCCUGGAGCUGACAAAGGACCUGACACAGACGACCCCAGAAGCAAACACAAGUUCAAGAUCCACUCUUACGGCAGUCCCACCUUCUGCGAUCACUGUGGCUCGCUGCUGUACGGCCUCAUCCACCAGGGGAUGAAAUGUGACACCUGUGACAUGAACGUGCACAAGCAGUGUGUGGUCAACGUGCCGAGCCUAUGUGGGACGGACCACACGGAGCGUCGGGGUCGCCUCUUCCUGAAGAUCGAGGUCAACAUGGACAGACUACACGUCACAGUGGGUGAAGCCAGGAACCUGAUUCCUAUGGACCCAAAUGGUUUAUCAGACCCCUAUGUCAAACUCAAGCUCACCCCGGACCCAAAGAACGAGACCAAACAGAAGACCAGGACCAUCCGCUCCUCUCUCAACCCCUGCUGGAACGAGUCUUUCACUUUUAAGCUGAAAGCAUCAGAUAAGGACCGCCGCCUGUCCAUCGAGGUGUGGGAUUGGGACAGAACCACCAGGAAUGACUUUAUGGGCUCCAUGUCUUUUGGGGUUUCCGAGUUGAUCAAAGCUCCACACUGUGGCUGGUUCAAACUGCUGAACCAGGAAGAAGGCGAGUACUACAACGUUCCCAUCCCCGAGGUGGACGAUGUCAACCUGGAGCUGCGGCAGAAGUUUGAGGCCUGCCAGUUAAAUAUCCACUAUCUAAAGAAAGCAAAGCUGGGCCACGGUAAGAAAGUGAUCACACCAUCAGAUCACCGGCGGUUCAGCUUGCCGUCAGGUAACAUGGACCGGGUCCGACUGAGUGACUUCAACUUUCUGGCCCUGCUGGGGAAGGGCAGCUUUGGCAAGGUCAUGCUCGCAGAGAUGAAGUCGACAGAGGAGCUCUACGCCAUCAAGAUCCUGAAGAAGGACGUGGUGAUCCAGGAUGAUGACGUUGAAUGUACGAUGGUGGAGAAGAGAGUAUUGGCCCAGAGGGACAAACCGCCGUUCCUCACACAGCUCCACUCCUGCUUCCAGACUGUGGAUCGACUUUACUUUGUGAUGGAGUACAUCAACGGGGGAGACUUAAUGUAUCACAUCCAACGAAUGGGCAAAUUCAAGGAGCCACAGGCUGUGUUUUAUGCUGCAGAGAUUGCUGUCGGCUUGUUUUUCUUGCAUCGAAAGGGAAUCAUCUACAGGGAUCUGAAGCUGGAUAACGUGAUGCUGGACUCUGAGGGCCACAUCAAGAUUGCAGACUUUGGCAUGUGUAAGGAGAACAUGUAUGAAGGAAUGAGCACACGCACCUUCUGUGGCACCCCGGACUACAUCGCUCCAGAGAUUAUAGCGUACCAGCCGUAUGGGAAAUCAGUGGACUGGUGGGCGUAUGGAGUUCUUCUGUAUGAGAUGCUGGCAGGACAGCCGCCGUUCGAUGGAGAAGACGAAGACGAGCUCUUCCAGUCCAUCAUGGAGCACAACGUGUCCUACCCCAAGUCCAUGUCUAAAGAGGCCGUGUCCAUCUGCAAGGGACUGAUGACCAAACACCCGUCGAAGCGUCUCGGCUGCGGCCCUGAGGGUGAGAGAGACAUCAGGGAGCAGGCGUUCUUCAGACGCAUCGACUGGGACCGCCUUGCCAACAGAGAGAUCCAACCGCCGUUUAAACCUAAAGUGUGUGGCAAAGGAGCUGAAAACUUUGACAAGUUCUUCACACGUACUCAGCCUGUGCUGACUCCUCCUGACCAGCUUGUCAUCGCCAACAUCGACCAGAGCGAGUUCGCCGGCUUCUCCUACAUUAACCCUCAGUUCAUUCAUCCGUCUCUGCACAGCGUGGUAUGAGGAGAGAGAGCUGAAAACACAAAAGCAUGGACUGCAGGAUCCUUCCUAACUCCAACUAACUUUCUAAAGACUUGUACCAUCCUCUACAGUAUUCUGUCUACCUGUUACUGAUAUCUGUGUGCAGAAAUGACAAAGGAGGGGGGAGCAAAGGGUCAAAUGGUUUGCUAGAGAAAGAACAUAGCACUGAUAUUUUCUAUCAGUUUCCCAGGCUUCUCUUAUUAUCUUCUUUAUUUUGUAUUUAUUCCUCCAAACAUGCUUUUGGCUUUUUUUCCCCCUGUAAACGAAUGUUAGUAGAUUAGACAUAAAGGUUACAAGAUGGUUUUCCUUUUCAUCCUAGCAUCUCAUGUUUCACUUCUUACUGCGCAAAAAGCUGCAACGCACGACUAGAAUGGGACAUAUUUUUCUGCUCUGUCUCUGCUUUAUCUACUUUUGAACCGCUAAAUGUGUAUUUUAUAUUUAUAUACAACACAAAAGAGGUAGUGUACUGUUACACGAGUGCCAAAGUACUGUAGAAAUGGAAGAAAAUGCAUUUCUUUUGCAGUUCUUCAAUUCAUUGUAAUGUUUUCCCCCCUCUGGCUUUCCUAAAGUGUCAGCACAGUAAAACCCUGCUAAAGAGGGAUUGUUUUUAUAUCUGUUGUUUUGUAGGACAUUGAUGAACAGUGUUUGAACUCAACAAAGUCAAGAAGAAGCACAUUAAGCUAACAAUUACAGAGGUAUUUUAAAAAAAACAUAGUAUAGUGGAGAAGUUCACCUUUUAACCUGAUUUCAUCAAAAAGUUAAACUUUUCUAUAUUCUUCAUUCAUGAUGCAGAAGGUGAAACAUUCCAGGCCAUUUUUAUUGAGAGCAGCACAAAGACAAGAUUUUUAAUGUUUAUUUGUACAGGCACAUCUUGAAUUUGAUGCCUGCAACACUUUCCAAAAAAGUUGGGACAGUAUCAUGAUUGCCAGAGUGUUUAAUCACCUGAUCCUCUAACAGCACAGUAAGCAUCUGGGGACACUAAUUAUUGAAAGUUCUUCCUUGAUUCUUCUAUUCAGUGCAGGGAUUCUGUCAUCAUAUUUGUGAAGCCAUGCUGUUGUAACUCAUGUACAAUGCUGCUAAUCUUUUUUCUCUAAAAAUGAGCAGGGACACCCCUGAGGGAGAUGUCGUCUGCUCGGAAGCACAGGUAGCUCCUAAAUCCACAGUAAGCAUAACAUAUAGGUUAUUCAUUUCUUUAUUGAUUCUAAUUCAUAUUUUAAAAUGUAAUAAACCAUAUUAGUUUAAUUUUUACUUUCCAUUUCUCUUUUUAUAAAAAGAUUUUGCAGAUAAGCCGAAUAAAUAAGAACAUUUCCAAGAGCGUUGGAAGAGCAUUUACAAAAAAGUUUGGACACCAUGUAAAACCUGAAAAACAAAGUGAUUUGCAAUUUUUUUCAAACUAAUAUUCAAUUGAAUACAGCUAGAGAUAGAAGAUAUUUGAACACAAGAUAUUCAUGUUUAACAUUAAAUUUACUCACGUUCUGACUUUGAUGCCUUCAACAUGUUCCAAAAAUAUUGGGACAGGAGCAUGCAAGCAUCUGGGGACUGACGACCAAGCGGCAACCUCCGGCCCUGAAAAAUGAAGCCAAUGCAGAAGUGCAAAAACUUGCAAUACGUCUAUUGUCCACUUGAGGCUGGCUGCGGGAACACAGGAAGUCCUGUCUGAACAUAUGUUAAAAAGACAUUUUUACACAAGAAAUAAACUGGUUUACUGCCUGGUUCAAAAAAUGAAACAUGUCUCAUUAGCUAAUGUCUUCAUGUGCUCCCACUGUACGGGGGAUGAAUUUUUUUGUACCACAAUCAUUUCGAUUAUAUUUAAGAUAAACCUCACUGCGCACUGAUUGGCACAUUUCAUCUGAUUGACAGAUAGCUCGACAGGCAGAUGCUACCUCCAGAAGGAUGGCUUGAGUGCUAGCUGAGCUGACAGGAAGUCGGGCUCAGUGGGCGGGCUCUUGUCUGCCACUAGGUUGAUCCAAAGUUCAGGUGAGGCAGCAAUUUCAAUAUUGAGCCUGUCACAGAUUGGCUUCAAAAGCUGUUUGAGUCCGCCUUUGUAAUCUGACGUCACACAGGCUUUGUCCAAUUCUUUUUACAGUCUAUGCUGAGGACAUUAAUUGUUGAAAUACUGAACCUACCCAUUCAUGCUUCAUGCACAUUUUCAGUAACUCAACAGUGCAGGUUUCUGCCAUAUUUUGAGCUUUAAAAUCAGCCAAAAACUUUAAGCAAGAGCCAGGUCUGGACUGCUUGCAGGCCAGUCUCGUCCCUCACUCUUUGACUGUGAAGCCAUGCUGUUGUCCAUCCUGCAUAAUGUGGAUUGGAAAUGUCUUGCUGAAAUACGCAAGGACGUCAUCUGGAUGGAAGCACAUGUUGCUCCAAAACCUCACAGUAUUGCUGGUGCAUUCACAGAUAUGCAAGUGACCCAUGCCAUGGGCACUAUUACACCCCAUGCCAACAGAGAUGCAGGCUCUUAGUGUAUUGAUAGCAGUCUCAAUGGCCUGUAUCCUCAUUCAGGAACAUGAUGGCUAUUAUCUCCAAAAACAAUUUGAAAUGUGGACACGUCAGAGCACAGCAGAGUUCUCCACUUGAGGUCAGUCCAUCUCAGAUGAACUCAUGCCCAACGAAGCCAGCAGCACUUCUUGAUGAUGAUUUAUGGCUUUUUAUUUGCAUAAUAGAGUCUUAACUUAAAUCUGUAGAUGCUGUAAAACACUGCAUUAACUGACAGUGGUUUUCCGAAGUGUUUCCGAGGCUAUGUUGUAAUAUCCAUAUCCACAGAAUGAUGCCAGAUUUUAACGCGGAGCUGCCUGAAUGGUUGAAAGUCAUGAGUUAUCAGUGUCAUCAGCCUCACCCCAGAAAUGUGCAGAAAUUCCUCCAGUAUCUCUGAAGCUUUUGAUGAUCUUGGGGGCUAUGAUUGGUGAAAUCCUCGAAUUCUUUGCAAUUUUGCAUUGAAGAAGCUGCUGGAGUGAUUGCCCACUUAUUCUUUUACAUACUGGGCAACAGUAUUGCUGAUUUUGACUGACAGAGCCUUUCAGGAGUGCCCCUUUUAUGCCCAAAUAUGGUAUUAUCGCCUGUUAGUAAUUAACCUACUUUUCUGUGGAAUUAUUCAGGUGUUUCUUGAGCAUUCAGAAACUUUUCUUGCACCUGUCCCAGCUUUUAAGGAACACGUUGCAGGCAUUAAAAUCAGAGUGUUUUUUUUUCUUUUUGUUUUUUUACAUCAGUACAUUAAAUAUCCUGUCUUUGUGUUGCAUUCUACUGAGUAUGAUGGAAAAAUGUAGAAAUCACUAUUCUGUGUUUCAUUUACAUCUUACACAGUAUCACAACUUUUUUGGUAAAGGGCUUUGUUUAACAAUUAUGAAAAGCUUACUCUGUGAAUAAAAUUUCUUGGGGACAAAAUGAACUUUUCCACAACAUUCUUAUAUUUAGAGAUGCAUUUUUACGAGCUGUCCCGGCCUUUAAGAGCAAAAGUUGAAGGCAGGAUGAAGGUCAGAAAAGUGUGGAUCAAAUAGAGGGUGUUUAAAAGUAUGAAGAUGCUUUUUUCCAUAUGCAUAAAGCAGAUCUCUGUUGCAUGCUUAUUUUCUGACUCUGUAUGAGCAGUAGGCUCUAGGAUGCUGUACACGUCUGGUAUCAUUGUAAAGUUUAGCAUUAAUGAUAUAAACUAUGUUAAUAUAUAAAUGUUGUAUGUUUUAAAGAGUCUUAUUCUAAAGAGAAAUUGUUUUUUUGUUCCUGUUUUAUGUUCUGCUUUACUCACAGAGACGUCUAACCUUCUAUUCUAUGUCGACCGUUUAUUUUGUAAAUAUGUUUCAAAAAGAGAAGUUACUCGCAGAUUUUAUACUACGAACUGAAUGUGCUUUUACUACCGUAGACAGUUUGAACAUUUGUAUGUUUAGACGACCCCUGAGAAGUGAAACAUUUGGCUGAUUCUUUGGUAGCUUUGGUAUCAGAAGACCUUGUUAUAUGUAUUUCCACUAUUUAUCCGUUGUUUUCUACUACUCAGUGUCAUGGCGAAUAUGCAGCAACUACCGUGUGUGAAACGUUUGAAUGCCCUCUUGCCUUGGUCGUCUCCGGACCGACUCCUUCUGUAACAAGACGUUUUUAGAGCCGUCUUUUCUUUCUUGCAUAUAUUGUGUGCAUGCGUGAGGCGAGGCCUGGUCUAAGCAUGAGAAAGACCCCCCUGCAUGAUACAUGAGAAACCCCUCUUCCUCUUCUGGUGUGGAGCAUGGAGUUCCCCCCAUGUAUAGUCAUGCAGAAUGAGACAACCCUGCCCGAUGAGAAUCGUGCACUUUUCCGCUCAUGGUCUCUUUCUUAUUCGCUGUAAUGUAGCCCAACCUGUUUGGCUUUAAGCUGAAUUAUUAACAGACAACUAUCUGUAAAAAUGCUUCUGUUGUUUUUUGUUCACUGGUGCCAAACUCUUUCUUUCCAGUCAUGUGUGUCAAGCAGUGUUUUUUUCCAGAGGCACACAAAGCUAAAACAGUGAGGCUUCAUAAAACUGCCAAAUUUACUCUAGGAUUGGUUACUUCACAUGUAGACUGAUGUUGCAGCUGUCACAUCUGGACCAAAAUGAGGUUUUAAAGGUGAAAAGAAAAGUGAAUGUUUACAUGUCUCACAUUGAGAAGCUUUAUUAAAGGAGAGAAACCAACCAACAAACAAACAACGUUGGAACUAUGACAGAUUGUGAAAAGUCAGGCUGGUCAGGGUAUAAACCACUACAGGCUACACUUAGAGCCACAGGGAUGUUUGUAUGUGAUCCUUUCUUUCUGUGCCCCUGCUUUUGUUUACCUGAUUCUUCUUGUUCCUCUGUUCAUUGUGGUAU